UGCCAAACAAGAUGCUGCGGAGUAUCAUCCUGAUUGCCCUGCUGAUAUCCUCAGUUUGUGCUCUUCACUGGGAAAUGCGCAAAGAAGAGUCUACUGGAAAUGAACUUGAAGAAGACUCUGGUGAGAUACAAACAGAACAAAUCCCUGGAAUGUGCUGGGCUUGCAAGUGGGCCAUGAAGAAGGUGAAAAAACAGAUCUCCAAUGGAGCAACUCCGGACGACAUUAAAAAGAAGCUGGGGAUGGUCUGUGAUGAGAUUGGCUUCCUAAAGUCACUGUGUAGGAAGUUUGUGAACAAGUACACAGACACUCUGGUCGAAGAACUUUCGACUACUGAUGAUGCCAGAACCAUCUGUGUUAACAUUACUGUUUGCAAGAAAUAG